AUGGAGAGGAGGCGGACGAGGAGGUGGCAGCAGCUCAGCAGGGACGGGCUUUGGCAGAGGACAACAGCGGAGGCUAUGGUGGGAGAGCUGCCACGUUGUCCAUACGCCCGCCGUUGGCCAUCGCGGCGGCGGACACUGCUGGAGUCGGCGGAGGAAGUGACGACUGCACAAGGAGGUGCGGCAACAUCUCCAUUCCGUACCCCUUCGGCAUCGAGGACGGCUGCUACCACGCCGGCGCUGGCGGUGGCGGUGGCUUCAACCUCACCUGCAACGACGCAGCCGCCGGCGGCGGCCACUCCAACUCAUCCCACCACCAGGCGGCGCCGCCCAAGCUCUUCCUCGGCGACGGCACGUACGGUGCAAGUGCUGGAGAUCUCCAUUGCCAACGCCACGGUGCGUAUCAACAGCACCCGUGUGGACUUCACUAGCGACGUUGGUGACGACGACGCUACCAGACGCAACAACAAGCAGCUGCUGGCGGUGAACAAAACAUGGGGGGAUGGCCUGCCGAACCCCGGACCCUACUUCCUGUCGGAGGAGUACGAGUACCGGAACUUGCUACGCGUGGAGAGCUGCAACGUCCAGGUCGACCUCUUGGGGGGAAACGACGACGACAGCCGCUUGGUCGCUUCCUGCACCGCCAUCUGCCCAACCGUUGGCCCCCAGAAUGAUACGGCAACACUUGUUUGGGAUGGUAGCUGCGCAGGGAUUAGGUGCUGUCAGGCCAGCAUCGACAUAGGCUAGGCUUUCUACA